AUGUCCUGGGAGUUCAGGGGAGCCAGCCGGAUGAUCAAAGUGAAGGUGCAUCCAGUCCAGAUCCUGAUCUGGGCUGUUUUGGUGUUUGCAGCUACAACCAAGGGGCUGGCUGCUGAUGCCCCAUGGAGGAACACCAGACUGGGAUGGGUCCAGGGGAAGCAAGUCACUGUGCUAGGAAGCAUCAUGCCUGUGAACGUGUUCCUUGGGAUCCCCUAUGCAGCACCCCCUCUAGGAUCCUUGCGAUUUGAGAAACCGAAGCCUGCGUUACCCUGGAAGGGCUCCCGAAAAGCCACUUCCUACCCUAAAUUAUUCCUGUGCUGGGCCCAGGAAAUUCUAUUAGCUGACAACUCUCUAGGGAUUCUGAGGACCAAUCAGAAAAUCACCUCUCUUUGCCCCAUGUAUGGCAGUCGAUUUGGCUAUGCCCUUUCCAAUGGCACAGUUGGAGUUUAUGACAAAACAUCCCGCUAUUGGAGAAUUAAAUCCAAAAAUUAUGCGGUGAGCAUUCAUGCUUUUGACCUUAAUUCUGAUGGAGUAUGUGAACUGAUAACUGGUUGGUCCAAUGGGAAGGUCGAUGCUCGAAGUGACCGAACAGGGGAAGUCAUCUUUAAAGACAACUUUUCUUCUGCAGUUGCUGGUGUGGUAGAGGGAGAUUACCGGAUGGAUGGCCGCAUGCAGUUAAUCUGCUGCUCUGUGGAUGGGGAAAUCCGGGGCUACCUGCCAGGCACAGCUGAAAUGAGAGGGAAUCUCAUGGACACCAGCAUAGAGCAGGACCUGAUCCGAGAGCUGAGCCAGAAAAAACAAAAUCUGUUGCUGGAACUCCGAAACUAUGAGGAAAACGCCAAGGCUGACUUGAGCAGCCCACUGAAUGAGGCUGAUGGGCAUCGGGGCAUCAUCCCAGCCAAUACCAAGCUCCACACUGCCCUCUCGGUGAAUCUGGGGAGUGAGAUUCAAGCUGCUCAUGCAGAAUUGUGUAUUUCCACAUCUAAUGACACUAUCAUCCGAGCAGUAUUGAUUUUUGCAGAGGGAAUUUUUCUGGGUGAAAGCCAUGUGGUACACCCCAGCAUUCACAACCUCUCCAGUUCAAUCCGCAUCCCAAUCUCACCUCCCAAGGAUGUCCCUGUGGACCUGCACUUGAAGGUCUUCGUGGGUUACAGAAGCAGCACCCAGUUUCAUGUAUUUGAGUUGACAAGACAGCUCCCCCGAUUCUCCACGUAUGCCCUGACCAGCCCAGAUGCUGCCAGCGAACCACUCGGUUAUGUGAACUUUGUUAUUGCAGAACGUGCUCAGAGGGUUGUUAUGUGGCUCAGCCAGAACUUUCUGUUACCAGAAGACAUUAACAUUCAGAAUGCUCCAUUUCAAGUGUGUUUCACAUCCUUACGGAAUGGUGGCCAGCUGUAUAUAAAAAUAAGACUUAACGGAGAGAUCACCAUAAAUACUGAUGAUAUUGAUCUGGCUGGCGAUAUCAUCCAGUCAAUGGCGUUAUUUGCUAUUGAAGACCUUCAGGUAGAAGCUAAUUUCCCCAUCUACUUUGAGGAAUUACGAAAGGUGCUGGUUAAGGUGGAUGAAUAUCAUUCAGUGCACCAAAAGCUCAGUGCUGACAUGGCUGACAAUUCUAAUCUGAUCCGAAGUUUGCUGGUCCGUGCUGAGGAUGCUCGUCUGAUGAGGGACAUGAAAACAAUGAAGAGUCGCUAUAUGGAACUCUAUGAUCUUAAUAAAGACUUGCUAAAUGAAUAUAAAAUUCGCUGUAAUAAUCACACAGAACUGUUGGGAAACCUCAAAGCAGUAAACCAGGCAAUUCAGAGAGCAGGACGUCUGCGUGUUGGGAAGCCAAAGAACCAAGUGAUCACUGCGUGUCGGGAUGCAAUUCGAAGCAACAACAUCAACACGCUGUUCAGAAUCAUGCGAGUGGGGACAGCAUCCUCAUAGCAGAUGAAGAAGAGAUAUUGAGAUUCCUCGAAAACAGUUUUUCUUAAAAAUUUGGGCUGGUUUGUUUUGGAUCAUAUCCUGGUAUACCUGGUGAUCUGAGGGUGAAAACAGCCUUUGUGAGCUGUACAAAUGAAUGACAAAGCAUUGCAUCUGAAAGAUAUUCUCGUGUUAUUUUUAAAUCAUUGUUGAGUAGUAAUAGGCUUGUAUGGAAGCUGGUGAAUGGUUUUUGAAGCCUUAGGAUGUCAGGGUCCAAUUUUUCUGUAUGUAUGUGAAGUCAGUGUAUAUAGAUACAUCUUUUUUCUUGAAAUUAUAAUUUGUAAUUUUAAAAUAAAUGAUCUACCUUUUCACUAAAAUGUAAAGGUAUAUAUACUUUGUUGCUAAGUGAUUUUAACAUCACCAUAUCAGAAUUGAAUAAAUCGUUUCUAUUAUGUGGAGAAAAACAAAAAUAAGGAUUAUUUGUGUGCUCACUGAG